GUGGUGUCGCGGCUUGGGAGUGGCCGUCCGCUCGGCACGUCGCGAUCGUCGUGCGACUCGCAGUCCCGGGCAGAUCGUGGAUCGGGAGGGGAACGGCCAACAUUGAUCUUUCAGGGGUGAGCCGUGCCGUGGCCGUUUGCGCGGUUAGCGCUUGUGCUGUGCAAGGCUGGCAUCGGUGGGCUUCCAUGAGUUUGGGAGGCCUCGCGUUUUCCACCCGUCGCCGCGCCCGGCGCUCGCCUCGCCGAACUCAGAGGAGGACGUCUUUCAUGUCGUAAAGAGGCGCCCUUGGCUCCGCCGGGGUAGUUAACCACGGCCACUGUGUGGUCGUACAAGAUGCCGGUGUCGGUGGCGGCGCGGCGGCCGUCCGCACCCUCCUCGCCCUCGUCGCGCACCUCGUACUCGUCGUCGUACUCCACGUCCAGGUACUCGUCGCUGUCCAGGUCGACCGUCACCUCGCUCGACCUCACCUCGACGCGCUACCUCAGCGAUCGGCUGUCAUCCAGCUCGCUGUCAGCGCGCCCCGUCCGCCAUGGCAGCCACUCGGAAGACGUGCUGUCGCGGUACUCGACGUCCAGGGAGCGCUCGACGGAGCCCAGCCGGGCCUCGUCGUCCUCCCUGUGUGACACCACCUCGACGGCGGCGCGGCGAGAGCGCGAGGGCUCCGUCACCAAGGCCCGCCUCGGCCUGGACACGGCCUCCACCACGGCCGUAGCGUCCUCGCGCCUCGACGCGCCGCGCUCGGCCUACACCGGCGCCUCGAGCGGCAAGCUGGGCCGGCCGCCGCUGCACUCAAGCUUGUCGUCCUCCGCGGACGAGCCGGCGGCCACGGCCUCGGCCAGGGCGGGCAGCACGGCCGCGGCCACGUCCACGUACACGCGCAGCCGCACCACGCCGACCACGACCGCCACCAUGACCACCUCCACCGGCAAGCCGUUCCACAGCCGCUUCCUCAAGCCCAAGCCCGCCGCGGAGGACAAGGACAAGGCCAGCUCGACCAGCGAAAAGGCGGGCUCCAGCGACAAGGAGGACAACUUUGAAUCUCCCCGUCUUGGCCGACGAGCUCCCUCCACAUCCAAUGGCUCUCGUGGCUCUGGCUUGAAUGGCCUCAGGAACAUUGGCAACACUUGUUUCAUGAAUUCAGUCAUCCAAUGUCUAAGCAAUACUCGACCUCUCCUGGAAUAUCUCCUUAAGCAGACAUAUCUUGCUGAGAUAAAUACCACCAACUCGAGUAUGAAGGGAGCAUUAAUUAAAGCAUUUGCCAAGAUGAUAGAGGAAUUAUGGACUGGUGAAGCGCAAGUCAUCAACACCUCUGCUUUCAAAGGGCAAAUACAACAUUUUGCUCCAAGAUUCAUGGGAUACAGCCAACAAGAUGCUCAGGAAUUCUUAAGAUACUUACUUGAAGGCCUGCAUGAAGAUGUGAACCGUGUGGAGCAGAGGCCUACCAACACUGUUCUUCCAGACAUAGAUGACUCAUUGAAUGACAACCAAAAGGCUGAUGAAUCUUGGCGGCGUUAUCUCAGGAUAGACAAUAGCUCUGUCUUAGAUGUAUUUGUUGGUCAAUUGAAAUCAACUCUUCAGUGCACAACUUGUGGGCAUUGCUCUGUAACAUUUGAUCCUUUCUGGGAUUUGAGCUUACCCAUUCCAUCUCGCACAGGCCAGCUACGACUCCAACAAUGUCUGGAGCAUUUCACUCGGGAAGAAGUCCUUGAUGGAGAUGAGAAACCAACUUGUGCCAAAUGCCAAACACGAAGGAAAUGCACCAAGAGCUUCUCCAUUCAGAAGUUCCCCAAGAUUCUUGUACUUCAUUUGAAGCGAUUUUCGCCAAUGGAACGGUUUAGAGGGAAGCUUAAUGUCACUGUUGAAUUCCCUCUCAACGGGCUUGACUUGAGUGCAUAUGCUGCCAACCGAGGACGAGGCUGCACAUACAAUUUGUAUGGAAUAGCAAACCAUUCUGGCACCACCUACUCUGGCCAUUACACAGCAUACUGCAAACAUCCAUACACCCAUGAAUGGCAUGAGUACAAUGACUCAAGAGUCUCCAGCAUUACAUCUCGGAAUGUCAUAUCCAGUGAAGCAUAUGUGUUAUUCUAUGAAUUGUCUGGUCACACUUCACAUUUGUAACAUUUGAGUUGAUAUACAUUGAUCUGUUUUCUUAUAGUGUGAGUUGAUAAAAUUUGGAUGGUUUCUUAAGUUUGUGAUAUCUAAUGAAAAAUUUAUGUGAAGGGAGAGGAACUAUUUCAUAUUUUAUUUAUUUCUUAUUAUUUAUUGUGAAUAAUUAAUGGGUUCUGACCAGGAAGAUUUUGAGAGAAUCUUAGUAAGAGCAUGAGUGCACGAAAAUGCAAGUUCAGAUUCAAAAUUUCUUGGUAGUUUUCAAGUCAGCGGACACAAGGUUCUACCUGUAAAUAUGCUUGAUGCCUAACAUCGAAAUUUAAUAGCCUUUUAGGUAACUUCAAAAUGAGCGCAGUUGCACUGUGAUUUCAUUAUUAGGUCAAUACAUUAUUUGAUGCAAUUCUCACCUCUACUCAUAACUGCAAAGACAUUAAUGAAACAUAGGGCUUAGCACCUUAGAAAAUGACUAUAUUUUUCACUUGUACACCAUGUUCUUUGUAUGUUAAUGCUGUUUAUUUAAAAUCUUUGUCUCAAACUGUUGUUUGUUUAGAGCUGGUCACAAUAAGUGUGUCAAGCUAGCAAUGGAGAGUACACAUUCCAUGAACUUGACAUGCACUGCUCCCAGUUCACUAAGUUUUUGCUACUUUUCUUUCUUUAGCAUAGCUGCUUUUAAAAUUGUUUUGCCUACACCUUGGCAAAAUCUUCAAAUGAUAGGGAUUUUUUUAGACAUAAUUUUGCAAUUUUUGAACAAAAAAGAAGAAAAAAAGGAACUUUGCUACAACAGAAUGUGAGCGUUGCUCAAGUAGUGUCUGUAAGGGAUGGUUUUAAUACUACGUAUCAGGUUGUUAUUUGAUGCUGCUAUUUGGUUGAUUGUUGAGCCAGGCCAAGUACCAAUGCUGUUUUAUUCUUUUUCCUCCAUUGAGUGAUUGUUCUUUUGAAUGGACUUUGCGGCAAGUGCCAUCGCAUUAUCUUCAGUUUAUUGACUUGUACUCUAUUUUAUUCUCACUAAUGUUUCCGGCCUGGCUAUGGUUAAGUUAUGAAUAGUGGAUUCUAGUCCUAUUUAUUCAAGUUCCAAUUUGAACUUUUGGUUAAUUUUAUAUAAUAUAUUUAAUUCUGUUUUUGUGACAGAUUCUUUAAUUGAGACAAGGGUUUCCUUUUUGCUGACAAUCCAUGAUGGAAUGCUAUUGCUCUAGAAGUCAUGACUUCUAGCAGUUAUUUGUAUUUUGUAUUUUUUACAAAAAUUAAAAAUUUGUUGGAAAUAUGUUGGUUGCUAUUGAGUAAUAGCCAAAAGUCAAAUAUACAUUGUUGAUAUCUUUUGUUUUCAGUGAUAGCUUAAGUAUUGUUAUAUUUUUGUGUGUAACUAGUACCACAAGUCAAUGGUUCUGUGAAGUACAAAGCAAAUACCAGAUGCUGCAAAUUAGUGUGAUACAAACAAAAAAAGGGGAUUGAAUAUUAUGAGUCACAGAAAUACCAUUGACCAUUCAUAAUACUAUCUUUUAGUGAUCAGAGGAUAUUUUAAUUAUGAAUUCCCAUGUUAAUUGGAGAACUCAUUGUCAAUCUGGCAUGUCAGAUUGUACCUCAGACUUCAGUUACAUGAAUCUAAUUGUUAAAUACCGAGCGGUAAACUGCAGUAUCCCAAUCCCCGAUCCCUGAUCUGUUUCUACACUUAGUGUUACCAAACACUAAAAUAAGAGAAAGGAUGAUGAUGACUUGGAUUUCCUCCUAGGAAAUGUUGGCGUACCAAACUGGUGAUUACAUUUAUUCUUGGUACAGAGGAAAUUUUCAUUCUUACUGAUGUAAAUGAUAUUUUACCAUGAACUUGAUUGUUGAUGUCAUACCAUCAGUCAAGUUUGAAUAUUUUUUUAAAUUGGGAAAUCAAAUUGUGGAAGAGUGUACAUAGAUGUUAAUGUUUAUGUUCUAUAGAUUUAUAUGUACAGUAUUUUUUUUCAUGUUGUGAUGGAUUUGGCAUGAGAUUUUUGGAACAAAGUAGAGUAGUCAUCAUUAUAAAUUUAUUGUAAGGCUUAGAGAGGUAUCCACAUUUUAGUUCUAUUAUUGUUCCUGCCAUGAGUGAUUUUGAUGUGGAAAAAAAAUUUAAUACCACUUUUUUGUUUUUGGUUCUCAACUGUCUGUUUCCCAAGCUGGCCAAAUAAAAUUGUGGCAAUGAUAAAUUUGUUAUGUUUUAAGAAAUAUGUGCAAGUGUGUUUUCUGUGCAAGUGAGAGAAAUUGCCAUUGUAUCUCUCCUAGUCAUGAUAAUGAAUUUCUGCUAACACAGAUAUCAUUACUCUUUUUGUUCAUGUAUGGAUUGAUUGAGAGAAUGGAGGAAUGGAGAAAAUUUAGUUCGUGUUGGAGUGAGUGAUAUUUUUCAGCGCAUGCUGGCUAGUAUCUAAACCUGCAUAUGCGAAUAAACUCAAAGGAAAGCUA